GGAGGAGCCAACUGCAAGCCCCGGAGAUGCGGCCGCUCGCGCCGCACCAGCAGCGCGGAGGAGAGGCGAGAGAAGGCUCGGCAGAGCGAGCAGAUGGAGGCUUCUACCUUAACUCCUGCAGGAAGCGGCCAGAACCCGAUUCGGAGCUCCCCAUCUCGGCCCAACGUCUCCACUCGCCCUAUGACGAGAGAAGCUCCGGGCCGGGCAGUGCUUCGGAACUGAUGACCCGCGGCGACAGGGAUGCAGUCGGCUCUCCCCAGUGGCUCGGGGCGCCCCCGGCACCGGCCUGGAGCCCCAAGGGAGUCACCGGCAGCAAGUGUGUAGCUGCCGGGAAAGCUAGGUCCGGAGCCCCGGCUACCGCAGCUUGCCCGGGGGCGCUGUCCACUGCUGAAACGCCAGUGGCGCCCGGGGCGGAAGACUCGACACUCCCAGCCUGGAUGCGACUCUACUUCUACGGGAUGCACGGCAUCACCUUGGAUGUGCUCAUUUCCUCGGCUCGGGGUUUCCUCCACAGCCCCGACCUGAAGAUGCUGGGCUUCUCCACUCCCUAUCACUGUCUGCUGCACUCGCUCACCCAGUUCGCCCUGGAGAAGGUUUACCUGCAGCGGCGUCGCUGUCCCAGCACCUUCGCCUUUAAUUUCCUCUUGUACCCCUCGGCCCACUUGGGACUGCAGACCUUGGUGGGCAAGGCGCUACUGCUGAUAAGCCACGGGGGGCGGCAGUUGGGCGAAGCGGCACCGGGAGCACUGGAUCUAGCUCUCCAGUACGUGCUGGCAGUUUAUUAUUCCCAAGUGUUUCUCAAGAGGUUCCUGCGCUUGCGAUACCGCCGCCCUCAGCCGCAGCCCCAGCCACAGUGGCGCGGCCCCCCUCCACUGUCCGGCUCUCGGAUAGCUGCGGCGCCCAGUACCGGGCGGCCGCGGCCCCGGGGCGCCGGGGUGUUCGGGGGAGCGCCCAGCCAAGGGCUCCCUGACCUUCUCCGCUUUCUCUUCUUCGGGAUGCAUGGUUUCCUAGAUGAGAUCUUUUUCACUUUCUUCUUUAACCUUCUGGAACAGGAGGACGGGGCCAUCAACGGCCACACUUCGCUCUGGUCUUUUUUUAUGUAUGGCAGCUGCAGCUUCGUGGUGGAAAAGCUAUACUUCUACCUGCACUACAGCCGAGGCUGGGGAACUUGUAAGAGGAUUCCCAUCUAUGUUCUUUUCAUCUACACGUGGGAAUUGUCUUGGGGACUGGGACUCCGCAUGUGUGGGGGCUGUUCGUGGGACUACUCUCACUACCCAUUGAAUUUCAUGGGACUUAUCACCCUUAUGUAUUUGCCGGGUUGGAUAUUUCUUAGCUUCUAUCAGGACCUGCUGUCCAAUGUGUUGUGGCGUGUACAAUACAUACCAACUAAAUGAAGCAGGAAAUAACAACUGAAGUCCCGGGACGUUUUUUAAAGGAAGUUUAAAAAUGGGGGAGGUGUUUUUUAAUCUUUUACUUUUUAUACAUUUUACUAAAGUCUCUUCAAACAUGUUUUAUUUACAAUUUUGAUUUUCUGGGUGUUUUGAACCUAUGCAUAAUAUAGUACCUUGAAAUAUGGCACUUUGGAGAUGAAUUCUAACUCAAAGUAUUUAAUUCUUCUUUAAAAACUUUUACAACACACACACACACAAAACCUUCCUACCUUAAAGACUGAAAGCUGUGGUUUGCACUUACCUGUGUGUACAUCAGUGAGGGCUACUAAGCUUUCGUAAAUGGGAAGUGCUUCCAUGAAAGACCAAUAAUUUUCAAAAGAUUUAGUGAAGUUUUCUAAUUUUCCUUCACAUAUUAAUCCAGGCUGCUACUUUCCAUGCCACCAAUGCCUGCUGAAAUUCAUUGACCUGAACACCUGAAAUUGCAGCUUGUAACUCUCAAAGUGCCUCUGUCUAGCAUUUAAGUGGAAGGAAGGAAGCUGAUAAAUGUGGGAACAACCCUAAGAAUAGCAUCUAAAUAAGAGGUCUUUCCCAGCAGCUCAGACAGUUGACACUAUGUUAAGAUAUUUGAUCUCCAUCUUGGAAAUGACUGCUCUCCAGCGUUGGUUAGCCUUAAACACCAAGUGUAUUAAAGUUGAUAAAAUCUUAUUUUAUCUAUGCUUGGUUUUUCUUUUUUAAAAAAUGUGCCUAUAAAACAAAAUGCAUACCUCCAACAGUGAGAAUCUCCUUCAAAAGUACUCUUAUUCUAAGACCCUGUUUCUAGGUCAAGUUCAAAUCCAUGAUACUAUGACCCUAAAGAGAAACAAAUAUCUGGAAAAAUAAAGUACUUAUCAUAAAAUCAUUGGAUUCAAAAUUGGAAAGGACCAGAGAGAUUAUCUAUUCCAACUUCUUUAUUUUACAUAUGAAGAUGCUGGAGCCCAGGAGAGGUUAAGUAAAUUGCCCAAAGUCACAAAGACCUACACUGUUAUAUAGACACAGAUCUAUCAUGUGACCUAUUCCUGCUUUAUAACAACUUUAAAAGUAUAUCAUUUUAUCUGGGACCCCUAGGGUACAUGGGUUAGGCCUAAUGAAUUAAUGCUUAGAAGAAAUCAGUGAUGGAUUUUUGUGACUCAUCCUAACUGCCCUAAAUUAAAUAAAGGGGGGAAAAUUGUAUAUAAACCAAGAAAACUUGUUUAAUUAAAAAUUACCUUUCUGGUGUUGUUAAAUGUGGGGGGAGGGGAAUGGACUUAAGUUUAAUACAGACCACAUAAGACCACAUAAUCAAAACCAUCUCAAUGCUCAUUACAGAGAUAGGAAAAUCUGAAAGUGCUUUUUAAUAUGAUUAUUGCUUUAUUUAAGCAUACUUGUUUACAUAUAAAUUCUUUGACUUUUCUUGAGUUUUCCUCAUCAACCCUCUGUAACACAUCGAAUCAAUGGGUAAAGUAAAAUUUGCCAUAUUUGAUUAAACCCAGUAAGAUGCACAUGGCUCAUUUUUGUCUUUCUUCCCCCAGUACCUUGUAUGUAGGUGCUUGGUUAAUAUUUGUUUACUUGAAAUGAACUGACCUACAGGUAAAAUGCAUGAAAGCAAACUAGUAAAUCCUAACCACCCAUAGUCAUUACUGUGGGCAAAAGACCUGGGUUUUAAUAUAGGCAGCUAAAUGGCACAGGGGAUAGAGUGCUAGACCUGGAAUGAGAAAGACCUUUCAAUACAACAUUAUAUGAGGAAGCAUCUGUGAUCACUAAACAUCCAAUGAACUGCUCCUGAAAUCACCACUUGCCUCUAUCUAGGGACAAGUGUUAUAAAUGUAUGCCAACUUCACUACUAGCCCUCUUUCAUGACUGAAUGACAUAAACAUCUUUAGCUUAUUCAUAAAGUCAAUUAUCUCUUUACAUGUCAGUUUCCUUAUCUGUAAGAUGGGGUUAAUAAUAACACUUACCUCCCAGGGUGGUUGUGAGGAUCA